AUGAAGGGCGAGGGGACGCAAAGCGCGGUGAAUGGUUCUGAGAGGAUGAUGUGGACGUCUCCGAUCAUGAGCGUGCGCGAGGCGCGGGUCGCCGUCGAGGAAGAGCCGGCGGAGUCCAUGCUGCCUUUUCCUAGUAGUGCCAGCAGCUCCAACGAGCCGUGCAACGAGAUGACGCUCUACUACCACGACAUCCUCUACGACGACAUCAACAACACGGAGAAUGCGACAUCAGCAGCGGCCACCAAGCCCACGGUGCUCAGCACGACCCACUGGAAGAACGACACCUACUUCGGCACUCUCGUGGUGUUCGAUGACCCGAUGACGGUGGGGAAGGUGCUACCCAUGGCGGGGGAGGGGCCCGCGGCGCGCGCCCAGGGCUUCUACUUCUAUGACAAGCAGGAGUCUUACACCUCGUGGUUUGGCUUCUCCAUCGUGUUCAACUCCACGGCGCACAAGGGCACCAUCAACCUCGUCGGCGUGGACCUCAUGGACGACAAGACCCGGGGCCUCUCCGUCGUCGGCGGCACCGGCCACUUCUUCAUGGCGCGCGGCAUCGCCACGCUCCGACUUGAUGCCUCCGAGGGAACCGUCUACUUCUGUCUGCAGAUGGACAUCAAGCUCUACGAGUGCUACGUCUGACGAUUUAUAUUAAGGUGACACAUCCAUUAUGGUGUCUGUCAAUAAGGAUGCUGCUGUUUUCUAUGCUCUUCGAUUUGUCUUGGUGUGUGAGGGCAGGUUUGUGUGUUAUUGUCGCAUACGUUGACAAGUAUGCGAAAUGCACUGCAUUUUUAUUCGUCUUUACUGUUUUUUUGU